AUGGGAAGCUGCUGCUGGGGACAUCAGUGUGAGCCCUUUUUUGCUCUCUGUUUGCCUUUCACUCUCUCAUGUUUCCUCCCAGCCUUCACCAUGAAACUCCCCAAGGGGGCCAGGAACUGUGUGUUCUACGCACAGCACCCAGAGAAGAGGGAAGAGGUGCCCUCAUGGAAGGAAAUAAAGCAGACCCCUGUUGUCAUGGCCACAAUCAAAGGUCCAGGGCCUGCCAAGUACCUCCGGCCAUCCUGUACCGGCUACAUAGCCCACGACACCUCCAUGUUUCAGGAGCCAGCUUACAGCCUGCACAGGCGGCACACUGAGAAACGGAUCGUAGACAUAUGCAGCCCUGGGCCUUGCUAUUUCUUGGAUCCUAAAGCAACUCGUUUUGGAAUAUCUACCUGUCCUCAGGUCCCCAUGGAGGAGCGCAUCUCCAACCUACGCCUAAGCACCACCCCAGCCCCCUGCCACUACAACCUUGAGAAGACUCGCCCCCCUGGUGAACGUACGGCUCCCCAGUACACGUUUGGCUACCGGUGUCCAUACAGAGUGAUGGAUCCCAACCCGGCCUCCAACAAGUACCAGCUGCCACUCUCGCUGGGGCCCAACACCCCUGUCUUACCAUCUGCCCCCUGCUAUAGUCUGGGUUCCUCAAGCAAGAAUUGGUUCUACAAAGAGGAUAUAGCAGGAGGCCCUGGACCUGCUAUGCAUGCCCGACCUGAGCCGUCCGUCUACCAGAACCGCAGCCCCGUGUAUAGCGUGGCCAAGCGCUUUGCCUAUCCACUGGACCACACACUUCGGCCUGGCCCUGGCUCCCACAAUGUCCAGCCGGUCACUGUGCACAAGCCCCGCAUACCUGCCUUCACCAUGGGCAUCAAACACUCGCCCCACUUGUGCCCACUGAUUGUGGACAUUCUCGACUGA